AUGGCUUUAGCUGGCGUUUGCAUCUGGCUUUCUUGCUGCUGCUGCCUCACGGCCGCCGCCGCUAAUGCAGCCGCUGCUGCUGCUGCUGCCGCCGCCGCAGCCGCCGGCCCCGCGGCUGCCGGGCCGGCUGAAGCAGACGGGGACCCUUCCAAGGAGAUGGAGUGCAAGCUGAAGAGCAUCACCGUGUCAGCGUUGCCCUUCUUGAGGGAGAACGACCUAAGCAUCAUGCACAGCCCCUCGGCCUCUGAGCCCAAGCUGCUCUUCUCGGUCCGCAAUGAUUUCCCCGGCGAGCUGGUGGUGGUCGAUGACUUGGAGAACACCGAGCUGCCCUACUUCGUGCUGGAAAUUUCAGGCAAUACAGAAGAUAUCCCGUUGGUGCGCUGGAGACAGCAGUGGCUAGAAAAUGGCACCUUGCUCUUCCACAUCCACCAUCAAGAUGGCACGCCCAUCUCCCCUGGUUUGGAGCCCACAGAAGAACCCCAGAGCGAAUCAGCAGAAGAAGAGCUACGGAUCCUUCACAUCUCAGUAAUGGGAGGGAUGAUUGCCUUGUUGCUUUCCAUCUUGUGCCUGGUUAUGAUUCUCUACACACGCAGGCGUUGGUGCAAGCGCCGUCGAGUACCUCAACCCCAGAAGAGUGCCAGUGCUGAAGCAGCCAAUGAAAUUCACUACAUCCCCUCAGUGCUGAUUGGUGGCCAUGGUCGUGAGAGUCUGCGGAAUGCCCGGGUGCAAGGUCACAACUCCAGUGGAACUCUGAGCAUCCGAGAGACCCCAAUCCUAGAUGGUUAUGAAUAUGAUAUUACUGACCUGCGCCACCACUUACAACGAGAAUGCAUGAAUGGGGGUGAGGACUUUGCCAGCCAGGUGACCAGAACACUGGACUCACUACAGGGCUGUAAUGAGAAAUCGAGCUUGGAUCUAACACCAGGAAGUGACAAUGCCAAGCUCUCCUUGAUGAGCAAGUACAAGGAUAAUAUCAUUGCCACCAGUCCUGUGGACUCUAACCAUCAACAGGCAACACUGUUGUCUCAUACAUCUAGCAGUCAACGCAAACGGAUCAAUAACAAAUCACGAGAGGGUCAAUUGGAUUCACCAGUCCAGACUGGCUCUGCAUUUCUGAACCCUGAAGGGGAUUCUGGGACAGAAGCAGACAAUGACCCCCAGCUGGCUUUUUACACAGAUCCAUCACGGAGCAGGCGGCGCAGUAGAGUGGGUUCACCUAGAAGUCCUAUUAGCAAGACAACUCUGACUCUCAUCAGCAUCACCAGCUGUAUUAUUGGUCUGGUCUGUGCUUCUCAUGUGAGUUGCCCACUUGUGGUCAAGAUAACACUUCAUGUACCAGAACAUCUUAUUGCUGAUGGAAGCCGAUUUAUCUUAUUAGAGGGGAGCCAACUGGAUGCCAGUGACUGGUUAAAUCCUGCCCAGGUGGUUCUUUUCUCCCAGCAAAAUUCUAGUGGGCCGUGGGCCUUGGAUAUGUGCUCCCGAAGACUUCUUGACCCUUGUGAACAUGAGUGUGAUCCUGAAACUGGUGAAUGUCUUUGCUAUGAAGGUUACAUGAAGGAUCCAGUGCACAAACACCUUUGCAUCAGGAACGAAUGGGGCACAAACCAAGGGCCAUGGCCAUAUACCAUAUUCCAGCGGGGAUUUGAUUUGGUGCUGGGAGAACAACCUUCUGACAAGAUAUUCAGAUUCACCUACACUCUCGGGGAAGGGAUGUGGCUGCCACUGAGCAAAAGCUUUGUGAUCCCACCUGCUGAAUUAGCUAUCAAUCCAUCAGCCAAGUGCAAAACUGAUAUGACAGUGAUGGAGGAUGCUGUAGAGGUCAGGGAGGAACUGAUGACUUCUUCCUCCUUUGAUAACCUGGAGGUUCUCCUAGAUUCUUUUGGCCCAGUUCGGGACUGCUCCAAGGAUAAUGGGGGUUGCAGCAAGAAUUUCCGCUGCAUCGCAGAUCGAAAAUUGGACUCCACUGGAUGUAUGUGUCCCCCCGGCCUCAGCCCCAUGAAAGACGGCACAGGCUGCUAUGAUCGCCACAUAGGAGUGGACUGUUCAGAUGGGUUCAAUGGUGGUUGCGAGCAACUCUGUCUACAGCAUAUGAUGCCAUUACCAGAAGACCCUUCCUUGUACAAUAUACUUAUGUUUUGUGGAUGCAUUGAAGAUUACAAGCUAGGUAUGGACGGCCGAUCUUGUCAGUUAAUUUCAGAGUCCUGUCCAGGGGGUGCUGACUGCGAAGAAAGCCGAGAGCUGCCCAUGAAUCAAACUCUCUUUGGGGAAAUGUUCUAUGGUUACAACAAUCAAACUCAUGAGUUGGCACCUGGGCAAGUGCUGAAGGGGACAUUCAGGAUGAAUAACUUCGCUCGUGGCUUGGAGCAACAGCUGCCAGAUGGACUAAUGUUGGCCACUGUUCCACUAGAGAAUCAGUGCCAAGAGGAGCUAUCUGAACCUACUCCUGAUCCAGAUUUUCUAACUGGGAUGGUGAAUUUCAGUGAGAUUUCUGGAUAUCCUUUGCUACAACAUUGGAAGGUUCGCUCUGUCAUGUACCAUGUUCGGUUGAACCAAAUGACUACCUCUCAAUUGUUUGGCAAUGCCCUUCAUUCUCUGGAUGGAGCAACGUCUCGGGGAGAUUUUGUGGCUCUGCUGGAUCAUUUUGGCAACCACUACAUACAGGAAGCUGUCUAUGGAUUUGAGGAAUCCUGCUCUAUCUGGUAUCCCAACAAGCAAGUCCAAAAACAGCUCUGGCUGGAAUAUGAAGAUAUUAGCAAAGGUAAUUCCCCAUCAGAUGAAUCUGAAGAGCGUGAGCGAGAUCCCAGGGUCCUCACUUUUCCAGAAUACAUUGCCAGUUUGUCAGAAUCCGGGACCAAACGCAUGGCAGCUGGGGUGCGCAUGGAGUGCCAAAGCAGGGGCCGCUGCCCCUCCUCCUGUCCUUUAUGUCAUGUGACCUCUAGCCCAGAUGCCGUGGCUGAACCCAUCCUCCUGGAAGUCACAAAAGCAGCACCCAUCUAUGAGUUGGUCAUCAACAAUCAGACUCAGAAGCUGCUGCAAGAGGCCACCAUGAGUUCCCUGUGGUGCUCAGGCAGUGGAGAUGUCAUUGAGGACUGGUGUCGAUGUGAUUCAAGUGCGUUUGGCGCAGAUGGACUUCCAGCCUGUGCACCACUCCCACACCCUGUGCUGAGACUGUCCACAGUUCAUGAGCCCAGCAGUUCCCUAGUGGUGCUGGAAUGGGAGCACUCAGAGCCACCGAUUGGCGUGCAGAUUGUGGAUUACCUCAUCCGCCAGGAGAAGAUCACUGACCGCUUGGACCAUUCGAAGGUGGAAACUGAGACGGUGCUGAGUUUUGUGGAUGACAUAAUCUCUGGAGCCAAAUCACCUUGUGCAAUGCCAGCCCAGGUGCCUGACAAGUUAUCUACAACUAUUUCCUUGAUAAUUCGUUGUCUGGAAUCUGACACUAUGUACAUGUUUACACUUUGGGGUGUAGAUAACACUGGGAGACGCUCCAGGUCAAGUGAUGUGACAGUGAAGACUCCUUGUCCAGUGGUGGAUGAUAUCAAGGCCCAAGAAAUAGCUGAUAAGAUCUACAACCUCUUUAAUGGCUACACUAGUGGAAAAGAACAACAAACAGCUUAUAAUACCUUACUGGAUUUGGGCUCCCCAAGUCUUCAUCGGGUCCUCUAUCACUACAAUCAGCACUAUGAAAGCUUUGGGGAGUUCACUUGGCGCUGUGAGGAUGAAUUAGGACCUCGAAAAGCUGGUCUUAUCCUUUCCCAGCUUGGGGAUCUAAGUAGCUGGUGCCACAGUCUUUUACAAGAGCCCAAAAUCAGUCUUCAGCGUACAACGCUCAAAUUCCUCGCCUGCCGCUACAGUGAGAUCAAGCCAUAUGGAUUCAAUUGGCUGGAGCUGAGUCGUGACCUAAAGAAAACAUGUGAGGAGCAGAUGCUGAGUGUUCUUUACAAUGACUAUGGAGACAAAGACAACUGA